AUGCUCGUGUCUACUCCCACAAAGCCCUAUGUCAACCCAUGCGACUCAGGCGUGCCCGUUUCUCCCAAAUAUAAUAGGCGCCACUGCAGUCCGACCCCUGCCUCAUCCUGCGACUCUCCAAUGCUCCCUUCAUCCCCUCUCCGUUUCCGUCAGCGACCUCUCGCGCCCAUAGACACAAAUACUCCAUCUCCCGCUACAAUCCCACCCUACCGUGACAACGACUCUUUGCAGUCUCCAUACAACCCAACAGCGCUGGCGCAGACCUACAAUCCGUUCUUUGCUACUAGGCCACAGCCUAUCACUGCAGACGAGGAGGAUGGCUCCAUCUUUCUUUCGUCUACCGGAUCACCGUCCGCUUCGUUUACUCCCUUUUUCACAACCUCUUCUUCUCAGCAGCCUCUGCUGACUCCUGUAAAGCAGGGGCAUCGUUCCGGAACAAAGCCUGCCAUGCCAGCCAGGCCCUCAUCCAACCCGCUCUUCGGAAGCACUCCUGCUGCGCCACCGGCCGAGCUAGUGUCUAGUUCCCGAGUCGGGGUCGGCACCAAGCGCAAGUCAACGCCGCUAGCCACCCCUCUCUGUACGAAUACCCUUACUCCUUUGAAGAUUACCCAAUCUAGGCGCUCCGACUCCUCUGUGGGGUUCGAGUGUCUCGCUCCACUCCCAGCUCCAAAGUUUGUCGACCGCACGCCAAAUACCAAAGCGGAGACAGAAGCGUAUCUCAAGAGACAGACAGCGUCCUUGACGCGGUUGCGACUUUCUGAUCAGAACUCAUUUGCUGUCAACGACGAGAAUGCGUUCCCUAGUGCACCAAGUGAUUCGGGCUGUGAGAUGGAUGAAGACGAACCAGGCGACGCUCUGUUCCUGGACAAGCCCCGGUUCGGCGCCACCAACAAUGAACAACACCCUAGAUCUCUGGCCUUUCUCCCGUCUGUUUCGAAGGGCAAGGGAAAAGAAGAAGUAGUCGAAGCCAUCUCUCCAGGGGGACACAUUACCAAACGACGGGCACGAGCUAGGCCUCUUUCUGCAGAACUACGUGAACACGCUUUCAAGGUACCGAAAUCUCCCACUAGGCAGUCGGGAAUUCCGACCAGAGUUGGUGCUAACCGACCCCGACACAGUGGUCCUGUUGCAUUUCCAUCCACUGCUCAUCGUGGUCGAGCUUCUCCUAGUUCUGCGUCAUCUUCGUCAGAUGCAGGCUCUCCCCGCCCCCGCCGUCGGAUCAGCAGCGGUUCGAUUUUUGCUCGUCCUCAGCCUGUCAAUCAUCCAAUGUACCCACCUCGACCUCCACUCAGCAGGAUUGAAAGUGUUAGCGCCGCUAGCCUCUUUUUCGGCCCCGCCAUCCCGGUGACAGCGCCUGCUGCCACCCCGUCACGCACUGGCAGUACUGUACCUUCUCCCGCUGAAAACUUUGCUUCGAUGCUGCGCACCGACAACGUUGCCCAACGGCCAAAUUUAGCUAACAGACACAGCUAUGCGGGCCCCGAAUCCGGAGUUUCUGAUCGAAUGUGGAAUGCAUUUCAAACACGAAAUUUAUCGCCCUCGCCUGGGUCUUCUCCUUACAAACCUGGGAAUGAGGGUGCUCGCAUGUUGGUCAUGGACAUGGACGAUGAUGAAGAUGCUUUCUUUGGGGGUGACGAGCCGUCAUUCGCUGUGCCAAUUGCAGAUAUGACCCGAAGUUCUCCGUCUCCGAAACCCAGAACAUCUUUGCAGAUGAAGUUUAAGCCUCGCGAGUCUGUGCAGGGUAGUGACGAAGAUGAGAUGACCUCAACGGGCUCAAGUGCCGCAGGAGACAUUAUGCCGAAAGCUUCGACGAGUGUUAGUUCCAUUUGCUCAGACGAGGGUCUGGUUACCCCAGGCGUUACUCCUGAAGAUUCUUCCGGGUGGCCUAACUCGAGAGUCUUCGUCAAUGGAGACGAUACCCACCCAUACAAUCCUGAAGGCAUUGACGUUGACGCGUUUAUUGUGAAGACUCUGGCUGCUGCCUCAAAGGGGUCUGCAAUGCCCAAGAAAGCACCUGGAACACCCGUGAAGAAGGUCAGAAUAAGUUAUUUUGGAAAUGACCGUCCUUGGCAAAGUGCUGUAGCUUCGAAAGUCGCAAUGCCAGAUGCCUUUCAAUUUGCUAAUGCCAGGGGUGCUCCACGGAAGAGCAUGCCUUCUGCCUUUCCCAAAGCUGAUGCGCUGAUUGGUCGUACUCGUUCAAAUACGGCUAAAUUAAACGGAGAGCGACAAACAUACAACACAGACACAGAAGAGGAAGAAGAGUACAGCCCGAGUAUUCGAAGAAAUUCCUAUAAGGGACUUGGGAUGGGUCUGCCACCUCCGACCGCAAAGGGUGCCGUGAAUGCCAUUCCCCGGGCCCGGUGGUUGAUGCGGAGGAGCAGUAGUGGUGCUUUUUCCAGUGGCAGCGAAUCAACAUCGCUCACCAGUACACCCACGCGAACAACAAAGGCAAUCGAUUGGCAACUCCCCAAUCCUCGAAGACCGAUCCGCCUUUCUCCUUCAAGCGACUCAUUGAACAAGGCAUCCCCUCGAUCUGCCUCGGGGUCAUCUUCGAGCUCUAUAGCCACUUUCAAUUCCAAUUCCCCUACCAAUGGCAAGCGGUCCGUAGUAGCGCCUGAACGAGCUGCCCAUCAUUUAGCUCCGAGACCGUCAAUGACAACGCGGCGUUUGUCGGAUUCUUACGAUGAUGAACAGCAACCUGGGCGAUUUGAGCGCGAUUUUGAAGAAAUAGAAGAAAUUGGUUGUGGCGAAUUUGGCAAAGUCAUUAAAGUCCAAUGCAAGUCAGGCGACGGUCUGGAGGUAUUUGCGAUCAAGAAGUCGAAACGAUUCGAAGGAGCGAAACAUCGACUCCGACUGCGGGAGGAGGUUGAUAUCCUGAAGCAUCUAUCACAAGCCGCAUUAACUCAGUAUGUCGACGGGCGCCAUCCUAACGUUUUGGCGUACAUCGAUAGUUGGGAGGAAGACGAAGCACUGUUCAUUCGCACCGAACUAUGCGAAUCGGGCAACCUGGCGAGAUUCCUGUGGGAGUACGGUCGCGUCUUCCCUCGCCUGGAUGAAGCACGGGUGUGGAAGAUCAUUGCUGAUCUGAGUAACGGUUUAAGAUUCAUUCACGAUUCUGGAGUAAUCCACCUCGACUUGAAGCCGUCGAAUGUGUUUGUGACCAAGGAGGGUCGAUUUAAAAUUGGAGAUUUUGGAAUGGCGUCGUUGUGGCCUCGACCGAUGAAAAACUCGAGUUCGGACACAGCUUGCGGAAGUGAAGAAAGAGGGAACGGAUGUAGUGGCAGUGCGAAUGGGGGCGGUUUCGAACGCGAAGGAGACAAGUUGUACUUGGCACCUGAGGUGCUUCAAGGACGGUAUGGAAAGGCUGCUGAUGUGUUCAGAGGAGAUGGAUGGCAGCGCUUGCGACGCGAGGAUCUGUCGCAGGUGGACCUUGAUGAAUACAGCACCGAGAUGAUUGACAUCAUCCGGAACACAAUGCGCACGGAUCCGGACAAGCGCCUGACGAUGGAGGAGGUGUGUGGACACCCUGUAGUCCGUCGAGCGCGCGAGGCGAUGGAGGUACUCCGACGACAACUGACAGAGGAGGGCGGGGAUGUGUGGAAAGCGUCGCCGCUGGCGGGAGUGAGGAGUGGAUUUCUGGAGGAGAUACUGGGGCGAGAUGAGAGGGUGAUGGAUACGGAUGCGUGA